ACACCAAAGGUGGUGAAUCUAACAGUCUGAAACGUUAAACGCAAAUUUAACUUUGGCCUUUCUCUCUCAUCAAUAGAUCAACGAUCCAUCAUGUAAGCUCUCUCUCUUUUGAUCAAAACCAACACCACCCCACAACCAAUCCAAGGCCUUUCUGGCCUCUCAUUCAUUCUCUUUGCAUAUUCUUGCGUAAGAGAAGAAUGCAUGCCAAUUGAAACAGGGAAAGGACUCGUCUUAAUUUGUUAAGACCUGUGAAAAUGGUGGUGGUUGAUGAAAGAAGAGGGGAUUGGAUGGUUAACAACAAGGAACAUAAUGAUCAAGAUGUAACUGUGGCAUUUCAUGGGGAGGACAUGUACGAGGAUGCACCUCAUGCCCAUUAUUCUAUGAUGUCUCCUUUACACAUGGCAUUAUCUGAUGAAGCACAGUCACAGAAGCAUGGAAGUGGAAGCCCCAUUAGGGCUGCAACAGAUGGAACAUCCUCUCGUGGUGAGGCGUUGUCAACUGCUGUGAUUCGAGCACAGGAGAUUCAAUCAAAGUUGGUACCGGAUUUCCCUAGUUUUGUGAAGUCCUUGGUCAGAUCACAUGUUGCUAGUUGUUUUUGGAUGGGUCUGCCUGUGGCGUUCUGUAAAAGGCACUUACCGGAUAAAGAUACAACUAUUACUUUGGAAGAUGAAUCUGGUAAAGAGUACAAGACGAAAUACAUUGCAUGUAAGACAGGAUUGAGUGCUGGUUGGAGGCAGUUUUCUGCUGUGCAUAAAUUGCAGGAGGGUGAUGUGGUGGUCUUCCAAUUAGUUGAACCUACCAAAUUUAAGGUUUAUAUAGUAAGAGCUAAUAAGUUGAGAGAACUUGAUGGAGCCCUUCCGAAUCUUGAGACUUCUAUAAAACAAAAAGUUGGAGGCAAAAAUAGCACAAAUACUGAAGCUGUACCAUCUAAUAGCUCAAAGAGAAAGCAUGGUAAAUCUGUCCCACAAGAGGACCAAAAGAAAAAGAAGACCAUUGUGUCAAGAAUGGGUCCUAAGGCUAGACAAUCUGCAGAACCAUCUGAAAACAGUAGUGAGGAUGCUCUCUCAGAAAUACUAGAGGGCUUUAGAAUGCUUCAAUUCAAAGACAUAAGAGGAUUUGGACAUUUCAGCAUCCUAGUAGAUGGAGUGGCAAUAGAUGCUGAACUCUCUAACGAAGUCCGAAACAAGUACUACAAGCUCUGCCACAGUCAGCAAGCAUUUCUUCAUGAAAAUCUCAUCAAGGGUAUGGACUACAUGCUGAUUGCAGGAAUAAUAUCUGAAACUGUCAACAUUGCUGAUGCCAUAAAAGUUAGUGUGAUGUCCACCCCGCGUGUUGAAUUUACUAAUUGGGAUAAAACUUUGCAUGCCUUUGAGCUUCUGGGCAUGAAUGUUGCAUUUUUAAGAGCUCGAUUGCGCAGGCUUGUGAGCCUUGCUUAUGAAACAGAAGAUGCCUCGGAGGCCAGAAGAUACUUGGCCUAUAGAGCUGAGAACAGUCGAGCAGAUGAAGAACUGAAGAACAUGGAAACGAAGCUCGAAGAGUUGAAGGGAGCUUGUAAUGAUUUUGGUGCUUAUCUUGAGAGCUUGAAGUGCAAAGCUGAAAGCUAUCAGCACCAGUUCCAGAAAGAAGUUGCUGCUCCUUGGUGAAACUUACUUUUUAAGUGUACGUGAUAAUACGUGUAUGUUUGGUUCAGAUAAUCUCUGCAUUCUAAAUCUUUUAGAGAGGAAAAGCUUCAACUGAAACAUCUAGCAACAUGUAGUAUAUGUGAAUUGAUAUGAGUGGCAAUGAGAAUAGCCAUUAACUUUUUUGAAUGGUUUGUUGAAGUAAAAGGGCAACUAGUUU